AUGCUUGUUUCAUUCAGCAACUUUAGUAAACAAUAUAGCCUAAGUUUUUAUUGGUCAUCAUUAACAUUAACUACUUCUGGACAACAACCUUAUCCUACAGCAGCAAUGCAUAAUUCUUUAGAAAUUUUUGAUACAAUUGUUGGUGUUUUAGUUUUUGCUGUUAUUGUGGGAAGUGUGGGAAAUGUUGUAAGCACAAUGAAUAUAGGACGAGCAGAAAUACAACAAUUAAAUGAUGGAAUUAAGUUUUAUAUGAAAUAUAGAAAUGUAUCAGCUACAAUGCAAAAAAGAGUUUUAGAUUGUAUUAAUUAUAUUCAGAGACAUGCACAAAUACAGGACGAAGGCGCCGUUCUAGGAACAAUUCCCCCACGUUUAAGAGGAGAAUUAGCCGUUCAUUUACAUUUGGAAAAUCUUAGACGUAUAGAGCUUUUUACAGAAUGUGAGCCUUCUCUUCUAUACGAGCUUGUUAUUCGUUUUACAAUGAAAAUGUUUGCUCCGAACGAUUUUCUAUGUAGGAGUGGGGAUUUGGCAAAGGUAAUUAUUCGGAUAUAUUUAUUUUAUACCUAUAUGCACUUUAAAUUUAAAAUUCUGAAACUAAAAUUCUGA